GUUUCAGUUCACUUUGUGCGCGUGCUGCGCUCUGUUGUUUAGUAGAGCUUCGUUGGCGCUUUACUAAAAUUAUUUGUUAGCUUCGGGCCAGGCCUGACAGAACGGGCACACAAAGGAGUCGAAAAUCUAUUCACGCUUUUCAUACAGACAAGCAGUCGAAAAAGAAAAAUAAUAAAGAACAGUGGACGCGUUUAUUUGUACUACCUGUCUAAAUACAUACAUACAUACAUAUAUGUACGCUAAUAUACCUACAUAUGUACGUACGUAUAUAUGCACAUUCCUGAAUAGCAAUUUGUGAUAUGUAUUCUUAAUUAAUGGUGCUUUUCCUGAUUCUGACACAAUUAUUGGCACAAUAUAUCAACUAUCGAUUAUUUGAUAAAAAAAAAAGAAACAGUCGACCUUUUUUCCUAUUAAUGAAAGUGAUAACUGCAAUAUAAUACAUAUUACAACAACAAGGCAAAAUAAUUCUACGGGCGUGUGAAAGAAGUGAAACUCGUUAAAGUGACUGUGAAAAUAUUACUAAUUCUAACUGUAAAUCAAUUCUAGUAGUAAAUACUAGCAUAUAAUGAACCGGACUAGAAAAAAGAUUGAACGCCCAAUAAAUCCAUAUACAACGGUAAAUUUUCUCUCGCGCUGGAGUUUCUGGUGGAUGAGAGAUAUCUUUCGGCAGGGACUGAAUGGGCCCCUUAAGGAGGAAGAUUUAUACCAAAAUCGUGAAUCAUUGGACAGCGAACGACUUACUGACAAAUUCAGUAAGCUCUGGGAAGAUGAGCGGCUGCGUAAGAAGCCUAGUAUUUUGCGCGUGAUAGGACGUGCGUAUGGAUCAGUAUUUUUGCCACUUGGUGUUCUCUUUUCCAUAACUGAAUCUAUUUGCAAAGCCAUACAACCGCUAUUGCUUGGCGGUCUGGUAGCCUACUUUGCCGAGGGCCAGACAACUACUACCGAAACGCAAGCCUACAAACUCGCUGUUGGCAUUGUGCUGUGCUCUGUGAUACCUGUAGUUACGUUUCAUCCAUUCAUUUUUUACAUUUUUCAAGUAGGCACUAAAAUAAGACUCGGUUUAUCGGGUCUGAUAUAUCGCAAAUGUUUGCAAAUUUCGAAAAAUGCCAGCAACGAUGGAUUGCGCGGGCGCGCCAUAAAUAUACUUUCAAACGACGUAGGGCGCUUCGAUGUGGCGCUAGCCUUUCUACAUGAUCUGUGGAAAGGACCCACUGAGUCGUUGAUUAUCGGCUAUCUCAUGUACCAAGAGAUCGGCAUAUCGGCAGUCAUUGGGGUGGCGUUCAUGCUGAGCUUUAUUCCGUUGCAAGCAUAUGUUGGCAAGAAGGCUGCCUAUUAUCGACAAAGAACUGCCGAGCGUACGGACUUGCGUGUUAAAUUAAUGAAUGAAAUUAUUCAGGGUAUUCAAGUGAUCAAAAUGUAUGCGUGGGAAAUGUCGUUUGCCAAACUCAUUGCGGAUGUAAGACUUAAAGAAGUCAAGGCCAUAAAAGGUACUUCGUAUAUACACGCUGCGUUGGGUUGCACUUCGAUGAUAUCACCGCUAUCUGUCUUCCUUGCAUUGGUAUCCUACGUCUAUCUUGGCGAUGCGUUGACGGCUAAGCGCGUCUACACGGUGUCUUCCUAUUUCAAUAUGCUCAAUGAUUCGAUGGUACACUUUUGGCCGUUGGCGAUAACAUUCGUUUCUGAAGCAUCGGUUUCGGCCAAGCGUGUUAGAGAAUUCCUACAGGACGGGGAUGCUGCCGCAGCUCCCACACGCAAAGCAGAUAAGAAGUUUCCGGCAAAGAAAAAUAAUAACGAUUGCAACGAAAAACCGGAACUGAAUGGAAACAGUGUUGUACAAAAUUUCUUGGAUUUAUCGGCUGGCAGGGAAAUACAUCCACAUGCCGAGCAAAAAGGCGUCGAUAUACGAAAUGUAAGCGCUACAUGGGAUGCAGACGAACCCAUGGAUAGCAAGGGUAAUGAGGCGCUCUCGGAUCUUAAUGUGAAAAUCGGAGAAAAAGCUCUAGUAGCAAUAGUUGGGCCUGUGGGUUCCGGGAAAUCGACAUUACUCAAUGCAUUGCUUGGCGAAGUGAAAAUAAAUUCUGGGCAGAUUGUGAUUAAUGGGAAAAUAUCUUAUGCGGCUCAAGAGCCAUGGGUUUUCGAAGGAACUGUACGAGAUAACAUUGUGUUCGUGGAUGCGUACAAUGAACGGCGCUACAAGAAAGUUAUAAAAGUAUGCUCUUUGGAACGCGAUCUGGAGCUUAUGCCCAAUGGCGAUUUAACAAUUGUGGGAGAGCGCGGAGUAAGCUUGAGUGGAGGGCAAAAGGCGCGCGUAAAUCUGGCGCGUGCGAUUUAUCAUAAAGCUGACAUAUACCUUUUGGACGAUCCGUUAUCCGCAGUUGACACACACGUAGGCAAGCAUAUAUUCGAACGCUGUAUUACUGAGUUCCUUUCAGAUAAGAUCGUAAUUUUGGUGACACAUCAGCUGCAGUACCUUUUCGACGUAGAGCAGCUGGUUCUUAUGAACUCGGGACGCAUUGAGGCGCAGGGCGGCUAUCAGGACCUGCAGAAAAACGAAAAAUGCCAGUUUCUAUUGAUGCAAGCCACCUAUGAGACUCGCGCUGAACCGGUAGAUUCUCUAGAUGCGAUUAGCAUUGACAGUCGUAUGUCCCGCAGUGAGUCGGAAAAGAGCAUGGAUCACCAUCAGCUGCUGCGGCCUGAUGAAAUACCCGUCGAAGAUGUGAAUCAGGAGCAACAGGCGGUGGGCUCGGUGAAGUUGAGUGUGUAUAUGUCAUACUUCAAGUCACUGGAAAGCCCUGUAUUCCUCUUCAUAAUAGUCGUAUUGUUUAUAUGCGCGCGCUUCAUGUUGACCGGGGUGGAUUAUUUCUUAUCAAGGUGGGUCAUUUGGGAAGAAAAAGUGGCGAUAGCUGAUGAAUCCACAGCAGCAGGGAUAGAUAAAAAUGCUACUCUUAUGACCAACGAAACUUUGGGCAAUGGAACAUUGGGAAAUGGAACAUUGGAACGUACAGUGGAGGAAGAGGAAGCGCGCAGGCAGGAGCUCGUUAUUUUCUAUGCCAUCAUACUGGGUUCCACAAUGAUCGUUUACAUCCUCCGUACUUUCGGGUUCUUCAAUAUGUGUCUACGCAUAUCGCUGAGACUGCACGAUCGCCUUUUCCGUGGAAUUACCCGCACAAGCAUGCAUUUCUUCAAUGUUAAUUCGUCUGGUAGGAUUCUAAAUCGUUUUGCCAGGGAUAUACGCACGGUCGAUACCGAUGUGCCACAUACCUUGUUGGAUUGUAUAGCGUUCGUUAUUGAUAUUUCUGGUGUGCUUAUAAUUGUUGCCAUUGCCAACUAUUGGCUGUUAGUACCAGCUGCAUUUAUCGUUGUCUGUCUAUUCUUAUUCCGAUACAUCUACAUAAAUACCAGCCGUAGCGUGAAACGUAUAGAGUCAAUUACACGCAGUCCCAUAUAUUCUUUAACAAAUCAGACUUUUCAAGGACUGAGCACCAUACGCGCUCUGCAGGCUGAGUCUGCGCUCGACUCUGAAUUUCACGAUUACAUGAACGGCAACACAUGCGCUUGGUUCCUGUUCAUAUGCUGCACUCGCGCAUUUGCCUUAUGGUCGGACUUCUUGUGCAUCCUCUACAUAGCAGCUGUGACCUUUAGUUUUCUGGUGUUGCGCAAUGAAUUCAACAGUGGCGAUGUUGGCUUGGCUAUACUGCAUUCAAUGUCUAUGAUUGGCAUGUGCCAGUGGGGCAUGCGGCAGACAGCGGAAUUGGAAAAUGACAUGACUAGCGUGGAACGUAUACUGGAGUAUACACAGCAGCCAGCCGAGCCGCCAUUGCAUACAGACCCACAAAAGAAGCCGAAAGGCGAUUGGCCUAGCGAAGGACGUAUAGAGUUUGUGGACUUGAAGUUGCGUUAUUCUCCAAAGGAAUCCUACGUGCUGAAGGGCCUGAACUUUACCAUAGAACCGCAGGAGAAGAUUGGCAUUGUGGGUCGCACUGGUGCGGGAAAGUCGUCCAUUAUCCAGUCACUAUUUCGCUUGGCCUGUAAUGAGGGCGUGAUUCGGGUGGAUGGUGUUGAUAUCGAAAGCCUUGGCCUGCAUGAUUUGAGAAGCAAAAUAUCUAUAAUACCUCAAGACCCAGUGCUGUUUUCUGGCACAUUACGCUACAAUUUGGAUCCUAUGGAGGAACGCAGCGAUGAGGAGGUGUGGAAGGCUUUGGAGGAUGUGGAAUUGAGGUCUCAUGUAUCGACGUUGAUUGGAGGCAUCGCCUGCCGCAUGUACGACGGUGGUUCGAACUUUAGUGUCGGUCAACGACAAUUGGUGUGCUUGGCACGCGCCAUUCUCAGGAAUAAUAAAAUACUUAUACUCGACGAGGCGACAGCUAACGUUGAUCCUGAAACCGACAAAUUAAUUCAGAAAACCAUACGCACCAAAUUCGCCAAGUGCACAGUGUUGACCAUUGCUCAUCGCUUGCACACAGUCAUGGACAGCGAUCGUGUAUUGGUAAUGGAUGCUGGACAGAUGGUGGAACUCGGACACCCUUAUGAGUUGUUGCAACGUCCCAAUGGAUUUCUUCGGCAAUUAGCCGAACACACAGGCUUCUCGAUGUCCAAUAUGCUUUUGCAAGCCGCCGAACUGAGCUACCAUCAAAAAAAGAAGCACUUAUGAAUAGUUGCGCCGGCUUUGGUAUUACGAGACCGUUAAAAAUGGACUUUUGUUACUAGCCAUAAUUUACUUACACAAACGGCACAGUGCGCGCAUGCUUACUGACUCGAAUUCGAAACAGAAAUUAUGUACGUAUAUAUACAUGUGUACCAAAUCACAAAGCUUAUGCGUCGAUACUUAAUUUAUGUAUAGAGAAGUGCAUAUGUACAUAUGUAUGUAGCUAAUAUAGUAUGUAUGUAAGUUUGUACAUAAUUAGGAUAAAAUAGGCGUAAAAGUCUAUGCAUAAGUAUGUAUUUUCAUAAUAAAUUUUGUAAACAAAUACUUUUGUAUGCUAUAUGUAUAAAUAAUUGCAUUAUUAUUUCUAAUAAAACAAGGCAACCUGCUUAAUUGGAGAGUGGCCAAGGAAGUAGUUGGUUCCUAACUCCCAAAAAUCCUUUCAAAAUA